AAGAAUAUUCAUAAAAUGUCUCGUUUCGCAGUCCUCGUCCUCUGCAUUCAGGCUCUCCUGAUUCAGCGUUGCCUCGUUGAAAAGGUUCACCUAUGUGAACCUAUGUUAUUCUAUAACAUCUUUUGUAUUUUAUUAUUGCAGGCCGCUCUGAGCCAGAUAUGCGGUUGUAACCAGUACUCAUACUCGUCCGGCCUGAGCUCGCAGAGCUGCGGCUCGUACGGCGGCACCGGCACCGGACAGGUGGGCGUGUCCGGCAACAUCGACGCGUGCGGCAACACCUGCGUGCAGGGAUCCGUGCCCGUGCUCGGCGCUGUCGACUUCGGCGGAUGCGUGCCCGCCUGCGGAUCCGUCUCCAUCUGCGGACAGUGCGGAUGCGGAUGCAAUUAAUUUGAUUGUUAAAUAAUAAGGAAUUCGCAUUAAAAUACUUUUUAUCGAA